ACAAAAAUGGCGGGCUUUGGGAUUCAUUUUGUCGCCGCUUUUCAGGCGGAUCUAGAGGCUAUAUGCACCAAGUAUGCAAAGGUAAUUGAUGAGCAAGUGGAUGAGUUUUACUUGGGUGAAUUAUUUGAAGGUGAGAGUAGUGAGAGUGGAUCCGAAGAUGAAGGUGAACAGGAUUCCGAUGCAAGUGGGCCCACCUUAGGUUACCCAAAAGGUGGACCAGGUGGGUGCAUGCUGUCUAGCGCGGGUGGUGAUCUUUUUACUGAUUCAGCCUCCACUGUAACUGACCAUUUUUCAGCAAAUGAAUGUAAGGGCUACAUCGCAGAUGAUGAAGGAACGGAUACUGGUAAGGAUGUCUCCGAAUUGGGAAAUCAGGGGAGAUCAGAGUAUUUACAAGAAGAGAGCUUUGAUGAAAUGCAGUUGGAAGAUUUUAAUACUAACAAGCGCAUCUGUGAUGCAACAUUUAUUAUGAAUAGCUUUAAAGCGAACCCCUCUUCAACAAGUCGAAAGUUGUUUCAAGUUUACAAGAAACCAGUUUCUAUUGCACAGCCGCUGUCUUCAGCAGGUGCCAAACUGCCAAGUGACACCUCGUUUUCGGAGGAAGAUGAAUUGGACAGUGAUAACUCAAACGGCGACUGCAAUCUUGCACAGGCUGCUUUGCUUUCUCGAGACAGGAUUGCACUUGCUUUGUCCAUGGUCUCUGAGGAAGAGCCAGAAAACUUUUCACAGGGGACUUCUUCAAAGAAUGCAUUAUCCCAAGGAACUUCUUUACGGGGUGGCUCAAUGGAACGUGCCUCCUCUCAAGGCCCCCUGUCACGAGCUAUCCCGUUGAAAGGGACUUCAUCACGGAGUAUGUCUUUAAAAAGUACCUUUUCGAAAAAGUUUUCUAUAACACCCAUAUUCCAAGCUGGUAGAAAGUCCAAGGUGAUAUUCCAAAAUAGCAAACACUCGGAACCAACUUUUGAUAAUGCUGUUGCAUCCUGUUCAACAAUGCUAGGUGGUGAAGAAUCAUGUUAUCAGGCAUCUGAAGUAAACUUUGACGAGAAGACCAACGAUGAUGCUGCCAUGAGCUGCAAACUUAAUGGGGUGCUGGAACAUAAGAGAAGUAUGAUUCUUGCUUCGAGUGAAUGUUAUCAAUUGUGCUCUAGCGUGGAAAAGUCACGCUCCAUUCCCAGACGUCGAUCUCUUAAAAUCAUACCGCCUUGCACCGACCAAAAAUUAAAGAGUUCGGUUAAACUUGAAGGCGUUUACUUUAAGGACUCGUUUCAUGGUUCUUCCUCCCCGAAUUCUCGUUCGAAAUCAUCUCAGAUAUUACGAGUUUCUGAUAAAGAUACAGUCGCAGUCAGCCCGUGCUCAUUAUUAGAAGAAAGCAGAACUAGUCAGGAACAUCAAAAACGGUCACAUCUCGUUGUGACUAGCUCCGAAAGGGGGGGUUAUACGUUGGGAGAUAAUGCCAAAAUGACCGGCAAACCAAGCUGUGUUGAAUUAUGCGACCAAGGGAAAUUAAUUGAGGUUGUGGGCUUGAUACCUUCCCCCUCCAACAAACAACACAUGUGUGGUGAUCGAACUGUGUCACCACAUUGUAAAGAGGACGUCAAGUGUAGAUACAGGACAGCGGGGAGUUUGAACGAUUUGGUUUCUAGUCCAAGAAAGACAUCAAAAAGGUUGCCUGUGUCAGCUAGUGGUCUAUGUUCUAACAAUUCCACUUCUGGGUCACAAGUGGGUAAACGGAUAGCGAAGAAAAGCAUUCAAAUGAAUGAACAGGACAGUGUACCUUCAAAACAAGCCAAAAGGGGCUCAUCUAUGUCCACGAAGGAGCGAAAAAGGGAUAGUUUACAAUUGAAAAGAUCUUCAGGGCCUGUAAGAUUGCAAGAAACAUGGAAGGCUAUUAUUAUGGACUGGGAUGGGUAUAGAACAGAACUGUUAUCGCCCAUCAGACGAAAUGUUCCCGCCUCUUGUCAAUCUACACCAGAGGCCGUCUUGUCUCCUUGUAAAGGGAAAGGGGCUUGUGAUAAAGCGUUCUGCUUUCACUGCUGGUGACUAUGUUCCAUUAACCACUUUUGAUACGUCUUCUUGGCGGAAAUUAAGCUGUUUUGGCUGGUUUGUUCACGGUAGCCCGCAUCAUACUUUGCACAUUGUAAAGCAAGUUGGCCAAGCUCAUGUGCUGGCCUCUCAAGAAACUGUAGUGAACGAAGACAUUUGUGGAAGUAGACGACUUUUGAAGGUCACCGAAAACAAAUGUAAAGACAUGUUAGGCCUUUGUAUUUAGAUUUUGUACCUUGUGAAGUUUUAAUCUAUACCCCCAACAAUUUUAAAGCGUUUUGUAAAAUUUUAACCGCAAGCUCUGUUUUAAACGAUUUAUGGAUUGAUAGAAUUUUAAUAAAAUA